AUGCUGGUACACGACCAUGUCAGCGGCAUUUCGGUUUCUGUUAACUUUACGCCGAUAUACGGAAACAGUUUGGCAAGUCUUCUUGGUGGCAACGAGGCGAAGCUUUCAUCUCUUGCAUCACCAGAUCAUCUGUAUGGCAUCUGGGAAUUUCAUCGUUGGUAUGGCAGAUUGGCCUGGCAAGACAUCGUGCAACCUUCGAUCGACCUGGCCUCUGGCGGGUUCUCGAGUCAUUACUGGAACGAAUAUUUUGGUCUUGGUCGAACAAACGUAGAGCGUGAAGCUGGCAAUGGAACGGUGGUUUUGAAGCAGAUGGAAUUGGCUGACGUUCUGAGGCGAGUCUCUGUCAACGAGUUCCGCGUUUUGACGCAUUCCUUAAGAAUAUCGGUUGCUUUGGACAGAGUCUUUAAAUACAUGGAGGGUGAAGAUGAAAGUCUCAAACCACUGCCGGUUAGAGAUUUUCUGCUGUAUUACUCUCAAAUUUUGGUUAACAUAUGUGGCACUGAGGAAAAUGCGACUUCAUCAACGAUGUCGUCAUCGCCAGAUCUGGAAAAGCAAGCAGUGAAUUACCUAUGCCUGAAAAGAGAUUACAUCGAACAUAAGGUCAGCCAUAUCAGCGUCAUUGAUUCUCAAGAAAUGUUAGUUUCUUUUACGAGUGGUCAUCUUGUUGAGCCGAAAGAUUUCACGAAGUCCAAAUCUGGCUACAUAGUAAAAGACCAGUUGUUUUACUCGAAGGAUGGCCUAAAUAAUGGAGUGGCAAACGACUUUUACGUCCAUGCGAUUGUUUAUCAUCCCGGAAAACCAUGUGAUAUUCGCAUGGCGAUUGGCAGUGACCAUGGUUUGAGGUCGACCAGCGCUAUGGUGAUGGCGAUUCUGCAAGUGCUGCUGAAUAAUGCUACAUUGACUGAAGCACUUGCUUUUCCAAAGCUUUACUUUAAGGAAGGGACUAUUUACGUAGAAGAUUUUGACGACGCUGAAUACUUUGUCAGCAUGCUCCAGAAAAAGCUGAAGAUC